GAGAGUGAGAGAGAGAGAGAGAGAGAGAGAGAGAGAGAGAGAGAGAAUGCGAUCUUCAGUCUCCUCGUUCAAUGUUACACAAGUACCACAUUCAGAAGGGAAAGAAGCAACGUGCUCUGCAGCUGUGAUGAAUCACUACAAUACCAGCCAGUCUCUUAGCCCCCAGCUGACUGGAAUUAAGACCAGAGCCAGCUGUGCGUUUGUCAGUGGAGCAGGUUACAUGGUAGAUGGUGUUUGCAGAGAGCCGUUCUCAGUAUAGCAGCAGGGAUCCAAACAGAGUUCAUGCACCUCACCUGUAACUGGGGAAUCUACUGCAAAGUAAGGACAGAAGUGCACGCGCGCUGUGAUGCUCAUGUUCAGGAGUAGCCAUUGUGAAAUGGGAAUGUAACCAAUGGCCGACUCUGCUGAAGACAAGCAAGUCUUAGGACUUCCCUUUGACAACCAGUCACUGCUCCCCACACUGCAAAAACCACCAGCUACCACCAACCAGGACAUUGUCAUCCAGCUGACCACAGCUGGCAAUGAGGAAGACUGGGACAGCCUGGAGGACAAUGAGCUUAUCUUCUCACUGGACAAAGACGAGGAUGGGGGGGCGGUCAUCUUCACCACGGAAAAAUCAUCUUCAGAAAAUGGAAAGAAUGCUGAAGAUGGCCUGCGCUCCACCUUCCACAUGCCAACCUCUCCGCCCUCCCCUUCUGUUUCGGGGUCACUAGUGGACCUUUCCUGCUCCGCUGGCUUCUUUUUUCCACAAACUUCUCCCAGUAACACUGAUAGUUCCUUGGUCCCUAAGCCAUUCAUGAACCUUGUCAAGUCUCUUUCCACAGAAAUUGAGCCCAAGGAGGCCACCUCUCUCAAACCCCGGCCUCUGCUCAAUCUUGUGAAGUCUAUCUCCACAGAAAUCUCACGACAUGAGCCUGAAGUCACCCAGUCCAAGUCCGACUCCAAACUUAACCUCCACCUCUGGAGGCAGCUAACCCAGCCCAAGGGAAGGAAUGGAGAUUCAAAGACUGCUCCUCCUUCCCCCAGCAUCUCGCCAUCCGAGAGCAAAGGAGGAUUCUUCAAGGUGCCGGAAGUCGAGGCCAAACUGGAAGACACCAAGAGGAAGUUCUCAGAGGCCAUGCAGGAACCCUUCAGCAUGCUGAGCAAGAUCAUUGGUGAUGAGAAUUCUGGUAGCCCAAAACAGAAGCAAGGUGCUAGCGAUUCUCCUGGGCCCAGCAGUCAGACCAAUGGGGAUUUGGGAGGGGACAUAGCUGGGAGCAAAAACUCCAGGAAAGGAGGCGAGUGCGACAGGCUGUCCAUCUGUGAGACUCCUGUUAGGCAUGCCAAAAGGAGCCCAUCAAAGCCAUGCUUGUCCCAAGAGCCAAAACGCAAACUGGGUAGCGAUGGCAGCAGGUAUGAGAUUUGCACCUAUGGAGACGUCAUGCAGGUAGUAGAAAUCGAACAUAGUAUUGAAAGCGCAAGGGUAGAAAGUGGAGAAUUGUCUCCCGAAUUGAGCAGAGAACUUGGUUCCUUACAGACUUCUCAACCUGUGCCAAGUAAAUGUUUGUUCUGCAUCGCCACGCUGGCCUACAGUUACUUCGUCCUGCCUUUGCCCUCUUACAUAUCGGGCCUCUGCCUGGGCCUGGCCUGCGGGGUUAUGGUAGGCCUGGUGGUUAUCUUGCUUCUUGCUCCUAGGAACUCAAUGCACUUUGCCAGAAAGCUGCCAUCAGCUCAUGAUUGUUUGCAGUCAGAGUUUCGUAUAAAGGAGCACAAGGAGCCUGAUGUACUGAAGGGAUGGAUGAAUGAGAUGUAUGUGUAUGACCCAGAGACCUACCUACCCUCCCUGACUCACUCCGUCUUCAUCACGCUGGAGGGUUCCACUCUCAGACUUUCCUACCCCAAGAACAACAUCUCGAGGUGGGCCACCUUUGAUGAGCCCCGGCAUGACGCUGUGUUUGCCAGCCAUCGCACAGUGAAGCUGGCCGAAAGCAAGGUGUUUCUUGUACCCCCGGCACUGGCCCGCAAGAGAAUAUGGAACAAGAAGUACCCGAUCUGCAUUCUGUUGACUGAGCAGGAGGAGUCAAAGACAGGGAGCCAGGGUGAGAAGGAGGCAGAGGAGCAGAGAACCCAGUCUGACACCCCCAAGAGAGCCAGCCCCGAGCCAUCUGCCAGACCCUCAACAGCGGAAGCCAGCCGUGGGAUGCUCUACCUCUUUGGCCGCACAGGAAGGGACAAGGAGGAGUGGUUCCAACACUUCCAGACUGCCUCCAGAUCUGUCUCCAAGGACAAGGAGAACUCCAGUAGAUGUGGCUCCAAGUUUGGUGUGUCAGGCCAGGUGUUGUACAGCGGCGGCUCCAGCAGGGGGAGCACUGAGGACAUAGCCUCCCUGUUCCGACUCAGGGACCUGGCUGGGAGUGUGCGGCAGAAGAUCCUUCUGGACUACAAUACCUACAUGGCUCACUUCAUCCUGUCAGAGAGCUCCAGUCCACUACUCAGCCCCUGUCACAGUGCAGCCAGCAGCCCCAACGUCAAGAGGAAGUUCCCCAGAGACCAGCUAGGGGGCAGCAGCGAGGCUCAACCAGCUUGGAUCAAUGCUUUGAUUGGACGUAUCUUCUGGGACUUCCUGAGGGAGAAGUAUUGGGCAGACCAAGUGGCAUACAAGAUCCAAAAGAAGCUGAGCAAAAUUAAGUUACCUUACUUUAUGAAUGAGCUGACCCUAACGGAACUGGACAUGGGAACCUCUUUGCCUCAGAUCCUGAGUACCUCGAAGCCCUCUGUCAACCACAGAGGUCUGUGGAUGAACCUUGAGGUGACCUAUAACGGAAUGCUGCAGAUGACUCUGGAGACCAAGAUGAACUUGUGCAAGCUAGGGAAAGAAGCCAUGGAGGAUGGAGACGGCAUGCUGGAGCCUGGGAGGGAGAGGUCAAAACCGCGAGUCCUCCUAUUGGCGGACAGUGAUGAGGAAUCUUCAAGCGCUGGCUCUUCUGACGAAGAAGAAGAUCCACCCACCGAGCCGCAAUGGAUUCUAGGAGACAAGGCCACACCCACUGGCACUGAAAGCCACGUAGGCGGUAACAGUACAAGCCGGAAGAUCCUCCGCUUUGUGGAUAAAAUAGCCAAGUCUAAAUACUUCCAGAAGGCCACGGAGAACGAAUUCAUCAAGAAGAAGAUCGAGGAGGUGUCCAACACUCCCUUGCUGCUCACCGUGGAGGUGCAGGAGCUGUCGGGGACGCUCGCUGUCAACAUCCCACCCCCCCCUACUGACCGGUUAUGGUACAGUUUCCAGAUCCCCCCAAGACUGGACCUGAAGGUGAGGCCCAAGCUGGGCGAGAGGGAAGUGACCUUCUCCCAUGUCACAGAGUGGAUAGAGAAGAAACUCCAGCAUGAAUUUCAGAAAGUGUUUGUGAUGCCAAACAUGGAUGACCUAUACCUUCCCAUCAUGCACUCUGGCAUGGACAAUCUGGUGCAGUCCUGGCAAUCUCCAGCAGAGCCUUCAAGACAGCCUUCUGAAGAGUCUCUGGAGAAAACAGAACCCCUAGCAUCAUCUGCUGCUGAAUAACAUGCAUGAGCUACCAAGACUUUUUAUAUACACAAGGCAGCUGUGGGUGUGGCACAAGAACCUACAAAGCACACUAAGAGUACUGUACAGAACUGAACUUAGCUUCUUGUUUCAGACUGAUUUUAAAUUCUGAAAUACAUUUCUGUAAAAAAAGAAAAUUAAGAAAUGUACGUGCCAUAAAAAUAUAUCGGACUGCUUGGAUAUUUUUACCAACUUGUUAUAUGCAUCUUGUUAAGACUUAUAGAAUCUCCUUACCUUAGCAAUGUACUGUUUCCUUGUAAAGUGCUCUUGCAAACACAAUGGUAACCAACCAUCUAUUGCACAAAGCUAUCAAAGGAAAUUCCAAUAGAAGCUUUUCUUGUACACUACUACCAUAUGCAUCAACCCCACAGAUUUCCCCACAUGCAAAUAAAAUAGAGAUUAGAGAAAAUACAACCUAACUGGAAUUAUGAAAUUGCAAAGCUAUAGAAAAACUGGCUCCAUUUUCAGAAAAGAAUGACUGAGUUCUAGCAGCAGUUUUGGAUAUCAGUAGAUUAGGCCUGUUGAAAUCACUCUCCUAAAAUAAACUUGUCAGUAGUAGGAAUGGCUAGUCAUGGACUAUAUUAAGAUUAUUUUUGAUGUCUUAUAUAAAUUGUGAUGUUCCCGAAGACUGCAGCUUGCUGAAAAUUGAUGGGUAAGUGCAUGUUUUUAACACUGACUUUAUUCUGUGUUUUGUCUCCCAAAUGUUAAUAAACAGAACACAUAUUUGCUGUGCAUUUUUUUUCCAUCU